CAACGCUUUAGCAAUCUAGUGGUUGAAUAAUCAAUGAUUUUAAGAAUCUUCAUGGUUCAACUUCGGUGGCAUCUAUGUGUAAAAGAAAGUACGAACAUUAUCCAAAUAUUACGAGUCUAUAAAUUCCUCACAACCAUUGAAUUCAUUACCACUUCUCAAAUCACAAAAGUCUCUCUCUCUCUCUCUCUCUCUCUUAGUCUUUUUUUUUUGCUACACUCUCUUGCUUUCUCUUAGUCUUUUCUCUCAUUUAUCUCUCUCUCUCAUAUAAAGCCUAGGACCUGAUAUAUAAUAUUUUUCACAAAGGGGAACACAAAAAUGUCAAAUAUACUGAAGAAGAGGUGUGAUGGAAAUGAAGAUGGACCAGAGCAGAGAAAAGGGCCUUGGACGCUUGAGGAAGACACUCUUCUCACCAAUUACAUUGCCAACAACGGUGAAGGCCGAUGGAACCUGCUCGCUAAAUCUUCUGGGCUAAAGAGAAAAGGAAAAAGUUGCAGAUUGCGAUGGUUGAAUUACCUGAAACCUGAUAUAAAGCGCGGGAAUCUCACUCCUCGAGAACAACUCUUAAUCCUCGAGCUCCACUCUAAAUGGGGUAAUAGGUGGUCAAAAAUUGCUCAGUAUUUACCCGGAAGAACAGACAACGAGAUCAAAAACUACUGGAGAACUAGGGUUCAGAAACAAGCACGCCAGCUCAACAUCGAUUCCAACAGCCACAAAUUCUUGGAAGUUGUGCGUAGCUUCUGGGUGCCAAGAUUGAUCCACAAGAUGAAAGAUCACAUGGACACCAACACUAAAUUAGCUCCUCCUCCUGGUUUACUUAAACCCGUUUUACGAGACAACAAUAACUUCUCUCACGAAUUGGGUCUCAGCAGCAGCAUGGAUUGUUCCACCACCAUGUCUCAAGAUCUCAAGAAAUUUUCACAAUACAUGGAUGUGUGUGAUCUUGAGACCUCAGGCUCUUCAAUGUACUUGGACGGAUCACGAGGGAGUGGUAGUCAGUGUGCCAGUGAAGAUUUUAGCUCUUUCCCUUGCCUAGAAGAUGAGUCGUACAUGGUGGCCACCAUGGGCAAUUCAGACAUUUUACCAUUGCAGGAUUGUCACUUAGCAGAUUCGAGUUACGAGGAGGAUGUGACGCAAGAUCCAAUGUGGAACAUGGAUGAUAUUUGGCAGUUUAAGGAGUACACACACUUAUAUUAGGUUGUGGAGCCCCUGGACAUGGAUGCUCUUACAACCUUAAAGGAGUUUUUUUUUUAAUAUUCUAGUAUUUUAUUUCUUGUUGGCUUAUAGUUAAGCUCUGAAUUAAUUGAAAUAAAGUUCAAAGAGUGCUAAUGUAAACUGUAAGGUAACAUUAGUUUUCUAUACGAAAGUGUUUAACGUAAAAGUAUUACUUCGAGUAAUUUAAAUUUCCCUUUAAAAUUUUGACUUAGUUUUGAGGAAGUGAAUACUAAAAUAAUAUAUAGCGCUGCUCAUCUACCGGAAGAAAAGCCCAAUCUUUGAAUAUGAAAUAGUUCUCUUUUUCGUUAGUUUGGAUCUUCUGAAGGAAAACAAU